UGAAAACAAUAUCGAUAAGAGACAAUGUAAGCCAGUACUCGACGCUAUUUUGGUUAUAAAUAUUAUUUUAUUAAACUAUUGUUCGUUCAUUAUCAUUGGAAUGUCGAAUGCAGUCGCCGCAAUGAGGCAAAAUUAUUUAUUUUUGCUAUUCUUUGUAACGUUUUUAAGAAAAAUUUACGCUUGGGAUAAGCCAUGUCUUACCAGACAAGCGAACACUUCUUACGUCUGCGUGUGCAGCGCUACUUAUUGCGACGAAGUUACCAGGGAGAAACCCAAACUUGGUACAUUCUACACUUACACGACUACACAAGAUGGACUUCGUUUCGAAAAGUCAUUUAAUCUACUGACACAAUAUGUGGAUGAUUCCAGUGAAGCAGCUUACGGAGACUGCAAUAUCUUAGAGGUGGACCCCUACACACGGUACCAGACAAUCGAGGGCUUCGGAGGUGCCGUCACAGACUCCGCCGGCAUCAAUUGGAAAUCGUUGAAGGACCUACGGCUUAGGAAAAACCUUGUCGAGUCCUACUUCGGUCGUAGUGGGAUCGGCUACAACAUGAUUCGUGUCCCGGUGGGUGGAUGUGACUUCUCCACACGUCCUUACGCCUACAACGAACUGCCUGUCAACGACGCCAAACUGGGAAACUUCUCGCUCGCUUUUGAAGAUUAUGAGUUCAAGAUUCCCCUAAUCCAAGAAGCGAUGAAGACGUCGCUGGAGCCUAUUCACCUGGUCGCAUCGACCUGGUCUCCUCCGCUCUGGAUGAAGGACCCUAGCGAGAUCUCAGGGCUCAACCGACUCAGAGAGCAGUUCUAUCAAACUUAUGCUGACUACCACUUAAAGUUCAUACAGAAGUACGCAGAGAAGGAUAUUCCGAUUUGGGCCGUGACCACCACCAACGAGCCGCUCAGCGGGAUCAUGUCUCUGGGCCACAACAACGGUCUAGGUUGGACUACGAAGGGGAUGGGAAAAUGGAUUGCGAACAAUCUGGGACCUACGCUCAGGAAAUCACCUUUCAAUGUGAAGAUAUUGGUAGGAGACGACAUGCGGUUCACAGUGCCUCUUUGGUUUAACACGGUCCUCGACGAUACUCCCGAAGCUCUGGACUUCAUCGACGGCAUCGCGGUCCACUUCUACUACGACGACACCAACCCCCCCUCGCUGCUCAAUGAACCCCUCCAGAAAUACCCGGGAAAAUUUGUCAUUUAUACUGAAGCUUGUAAUGGUAUUCAGACAACUCCGCCCGUGCUUUUGGGAUCUUGGGAAAGAGCUAUUAAAUAUCUCAAAAACAUUAUAGAGGAUUUGAACUAUAACGUGGUCGGCUGGAUCGACUGGAAUAUGUGUCUGAACUCUGAAGGAGGUCCCAAUUACAUCAGCAACUUCGUGGACUCACCCAUAAUCGUGUUCCCUGAACGGGGGGAGUUCAUCAAACAACCCAUGUUCUACGCCUUAGGGCAUAUCUCCAAGUUCUUCACUAGAGGGUCGCAGAGAAUCGAAAUCAACAGGCAAAAGUGCUGCAAUGUGGACAAUGUCGCUGUCGUCACUCCAGAUGAUACUAUUGUCGUUGUUCUUUAUAAUGGCGACAACAAACACAUUGAAAUAUCCAUAAAGUUGGGCGACGGGAUAGCUGCAGUUGUUUUGCCGCCAAAUUCUAUUGUCACUGUCGAACUACCCAAUUUUGUUUGACGUGAUACAUGAAAAAUAUUAAUUUUGGAAUUUUCUACAAAUAAAUACAAUUCCAUUCAUGUGUUAUUAAAAUUUUAUUUCUGUGACAAUAAACAAUAAAU